AUGAACUCCACCCGUGUCUUCCGCCCGCUCGCAAGGGCCAUGCAGCACCAGCCAGGCAUGCUGCAUGCCUCAACGAUUGCACGCCCUACUCUAGCCGCUACCCAGAUCAAGGCGAAGCAGACCGAGACUCCGGCCAAGCCAGCUCAGGGACUGAUGAUGUACCGCGCGGCGAUGCCCCAACUUGUCCCCUUCUUCUUCGUCAACGAGACCACCGUUGCCUUCAUUGCGCUCCCGGCCCUCAUCUACGUCUUCUCUAAGUACAUCCUGCCCGCGAAGGUCCGCACCCAGGCUGCGCGUCUGUUCAUCAGCAAGCUAUAA